CGUAUCCGAAGGAAGGCGAGAAAAGAGUUGUUCCAGGAGAAGAGAGCUCUCCGCUGCCGAGGGCAAACGAUUUACAAGGACAAUAUCCGCUGGAUUUAUGUAUAUACAUGCUCUCUUUUUGAAGGAGAGCCAGUUGUUAUACCGUGUGCUGUACUGUUAGUGCGUACUGUAUGUGUAUACGUACUAUUACGUGCAUGAGGUCAUUGAGGUGGUGGUGUAAUAAUCAGGCGAGAUCGCGAGAUCGUAACAACUGUAACAAGGCAUGAGCUAAGGCGUAUAUAUAUAUAUACACACACUACUCCAAAACAGCCCAUCAUUGCGGAGAGAGAAGAGAGGAUUGUCGCAUUAGACUUCUGCUGCUGCUCCCGCAGCCGGUGACCGCAACAAAAAGAGGGCAGCGUCCGGUGUGUGUGCGUAAAGGGCGUCCUUUGACGCUGAGACACCCUCCUCUCCACCUCAGACCUCUAUAUAUAGCUGGAAGCCCGGGCCAAACUACGUGUACACAAGUUUGUUGUGCGUGAGAGUGGUGUUGUUGGUGUAUCCGUGGGGUGUUGUUAUCAGGCAGUGCAAUCUUGCCGCAACCGCGGAGGUUCUGUGAACAAAGUCCACCACCCUGCGAUCCCUGCCCCCAACUCGUAUGCGAACAACGCCUACUCCGUGUACGUAAUAACAGGAGAAUUAGUCGUGGAGGGAGAGAACCGCCGAUGCAUACACUAUCUUUUUUUUAAGUAUACAAGGAAGUAGUGGUAUCAUCAUCGGUAGCGGUGUUUUUUAUGCUGGUGUUUGAGGGCGAAACGGUGCCGUGGGCUCCUCCUGUCUCAGGGUGAGUUGCAGAUGCCAGCCAUUGCAAACCUAUUGAUUAUCAAGUAAUCCGAAGUUGUGGGCUUGGCGUGUACAGAACGAAAGGAAGGAUAAGCGCAAGCUAACCGAUAUAGAGAGGUAGAGAGCUGUGGUGUUGUCAGCGGGUGCCAAGGGCGGCUGCGACGGCGGCGGCGACGAGUAAAAAACGACGACGACGACGACGAAGGAGGCAUUAGCAGAAUGACGACCGACAUCUCGGUGCAACGGACGGGCUGGGACCCAGCGCUCCAGCAAGAGAUCGUCGACGAGUACGAAUACGAUGGGGGAAACUCGAGCUCUAGGCUAUUCGAGCGCUCGCGCAUCAAGGCUUUGGCCGGCGAGCGCGAACUGGUCCAGAAGAAGACCUUCCAGAAGUGGGUAAACUCGCACCUGGUGCGCUGCUCGGCGCGCAUCGGGGACCUCUACGUCGACCUCCGGGACGGUAAGAUGCUGAUAAAACUCCUGGAGAUCCUGUCGGGCGAGCGCCUGCCUCGCCCGACAAAGGGCAAGAUGCGCAUCCAUUGUUUGGAAAACGUCGACAAGGCCCUGCAGUUUCUGCGCGAGCAGCGGGUCCACCUCGAGAACAUGGGCUCGCACGACAUAGUCGACGGCAAUCCACGGCUGACCCUCGGCCUCAUCUGGACGAUAAUCCUCCGCUUCCAGAUCCAGGACAUAACGAUCGAGGAGACCGACAACCAGGAGACCAAGAGCGCCAAGGACGCUCUGUUGCUCUGGUGCCAGAUGAAGACGGCCGGCUACCAUAACGUCAACGUCCGCAACUUUACGACCUCGUGGCGCGACGGUCUGGCCUUCAACGCCAUCAUCCACAAGCACAGGCCCGAUCUCGUGCAAUUCGAAAAGUUGUCCAAGUCAAACGCCAUUUACAACCUGAACAACGCGUUCAACGUGGCCGAGGACAAGCUCGGGCUGACCAAGCUCCUCGACGCCGAGGACAUAUUCGUCGACCAUCCGGACGAAAAGUCCAUCAUAACGUACGUGGUGACGUAUUACCAUUACUUCUCCAAGAUGAAGCAGGAGACGGUGCAGGGCAAGAGGAUCGGCAAGGUGGUCGGCAUAGCCAUGGAGAACGACCGGAUGAUCCGCGAGUACGAGGGCCUGACGAGCGAGCUCCUCAAGUGGAUCGAGUCGACGAUAACCAGCCUCGGGGAUCGGCAAUUCGCCAACUCGCUCGUCGGCGUUCAGGCCCAACUGUCGCAAUUCUCGAAUUACCGUACCGUCGAGAAGCCACCCAAAUUCGUCGAGAAGGGCAACCUCGAGGUCCUCCUCUUCACCCUCCAGUCGAAGAUGCGGGCCAACAACCAGAAGCCCUACACGCCCAGGGAGGGCAAGAUGAUAUCCGACAUAAACAAAGCUUGGGAGCGUCUCGAGAAGGCCGAGCACGAGCGCGAGCUCGCCCUAAGGGAGGAACUCAUUCGCCAAGAGAAGCUCGACCAGUUGGCAGCGCGCUUCAAUCGCAAGGCUAGCAUGCGCGAGACUUGGCUGUCCGAGAACCAGAGGCUCGUCUCCCAGGACAACUUUGGCUUCGAUCUGGCGGCCGUGGAGGCGGCGGCCAAGAAACACGAGGCCAUCGAGACCGACAUAUUCGCCUACGAGGAGCGCGUCCAGGCGGUCAUGGCCGUCUCCCAGGAACUCGAGGCCGAGAAUUACCACGACAUUGAGCGCAUAAACGCGCGCAAGGACAACGUGUUGCGCCUAUGGAACUACCUGCUCGAGCUGUUGCGCGCCCGGCGCUCUAGGCUCGAGCUCUCGCUACAGCUGCAGCAAAACUUCCAGGAGAUGCUCUACAUACUCGACAGCAUGGAGGAGAUCAAGCUCAGGCUGCUCACCGACGACUACGGCAAGCAUCUCAUGGGUGUCGAGGACUUGCUGCAGAAGCACUCGCUCGUCGAGGCCGACAUCAAUGUCCUCGGCGAGCGCGUCAAGGCCGUGGUCCAGCAGAGCCAGAGGUUCCUCGAGCAGGGCGAGGGUUAUCGCCCGUGCGACCCGACGAUCAUCGUUGAGCGCGUGCAACAGCUCGAGGACGCCUACUCGGAACUCGUGCGGUUGGCCGUUGAGCGCCGGGCCCGGCUCGAGGAGUCGAGAAAACUGUGGCAGUUCUACUGGGACAUGGCGGACGAGGAGAACUGGAUCAAGGAGAAGGAGCAGAUCGUCUCGACCAGCGACACCGGCCACGACCUCACGACCAUCAAUCUGCUCCUGUCGAAGCACAAGGCCCUCGAGAACGAGAUCCAGUCGCACGAGCCCCAGCUCAUGUCUGUCGUCGCUGUUGGCGACGAUCUUGUUCGCCAGCAACACUUUGGAGCCGACAGGAUUCAAGAGCGCCUGCAGGAGAUCCUCACCAUGUGGAACCACCUGUUGGAUCUGGUCGCGUUCCGACGCAAGAGGCUCGAGGAGGCCGUGGACUAUCAGCAGUUGCUCGCCGAUGCCGCCGACAUCGAGACCUGGAUGCUGGAUACCAGAAAACUCGUGUCCUCCGAGGACGUCGGCAGGGACGAGGCGAACGUGCAGUCGCUCCUCAAGAAGCACAAAGACGUAACCGACGAGCUCAAGAACUACGCCACGGCCAUUGAACAGCUGCACCAACAAGCAGGACAACUCAACGAAAAAGACGCCAAGUCGCCGGAGGUGGUCGAGAAGCUCGCCAAGAUCGAUGCCAACUACAAAGAAUUGAACGAUCUGGCCAAGGUGAGAAAGCAGAGACUGCUGGACGCCCUGUCGCUGUACAAGUUGUUGAGCGAGGCCGACGGCGUGGAGCAAUGGAUCGGGGAGAAGAACAGGAUGCUCGAUACUAUGGUGCCGGCCAAGGACAUCGAGGACGUUGAAAUCAUGAAGCACCGGUACGAUGGUUUUGAGAAGGAAAUGAACGCCAACGCCUCGCGCGUCGCUGUUGUCAAUCAGCUCGCGAGACAACUGUUGCACGUCGAUCACCCGAACUCGCAGCAAAUAAACCAGCGUCAAAACGAGCUCAACCAAAAGUGGUCCGAGCUCAGGGACAAGGCCGAGUCGAAGCGCGAGGCCCUCAACUCGGCCCACGGCGUGCAAACCUUCCACAUCGAGUGCCGCGAGACCGUGUCCUGGAUCGAGGACAAAAAGCGCAUUCUCCAGCAGACCGACAGCCUCGAGAUGGACCUCACCGGCGUCAUGACCCUGCAGCGCCGUCUCAGCGGCAUGGAGCGCGACUUAGCGGCCAUCCAAGCGAAACUCGACGCCCUCGAGAAAGAAGCCAACGUCAUCGAGGGAGAACACCCCGAGGAAGCGGCCAUGAUUCGCGAGAGGAUCACCCAGAUCCACGCCAUUUGGGAGCAACUGACGCACAUGCUCAAAGAGAGGGACGCCAAGCUCGAGGAGGCCGGUGACCUGCACCGCUUCCUGCGCGAUCUCGACCAUUUCCAGGCUUGGCUCACCAAGUCGCAGACGGACGUCGCGAGCGAGGACGAGCCGACGAGCUUGGCCGACGCGGAAAAACUCCUGGCCCAGCACCAGAACAUCAAGGAGGAGAUCGACAAUUACACCGACGACUACCAGAAAAUGAUGGAGUACGGGGAGAAGCUGACCAGUGAGGCCGGUGACAACGACACCCAGUACAUGUUCCUGCGCGAGCGGCUCAACGCCCUUAAAAUGGGCUGGGAGGAGCUACACCAGAUGUGGACGAACCGCCAGGGUUUGCUGUCGAACGCCCUCAAUUACCAGAUCUUUGAGCGCGACGCCCGCCAGGCCGAGGUUCUGCUCUCUCAGCAGGAGCACUUCCUUGCCAAGGACGAGACCCCGACGAACUUUGAGCAAGCCGAGAACAUGAUUAAACGCCAGGAGGACCUGAUGACCAAGAUGGAGGCCAACGACGAGAAGAUCAACAGCGUCGUGCUGUUUGCCUCGCGGUUGGUCGACGAGGGCCAUUACGCCGCGGACAAGGUGAAGAAGAAGGCCGAGUCGAUAAACGAGCGGCGCAACGUCAACCGCGACAAGGCCCAACAGCUGACUGACAAGCUGCGCGACCAACAGCAGCUCCAGCUCUUCCUGCAGGAUUGCGAGGAGCUCGGCGAGUGGAUACAGGAGAAACACAUAACGGCCCACGACGAGACGUACCGGAGCGCAAAGACCGUGCACAGCAAGUGGACGCGCCAUCAGGCCUUCGAGGCCGAGAUAGCGAGCAACAAGGACCGGCUCCAGCAGUUGCAGGCAGCCGCGGACGAGCUGAUACAGCUGAAGCCCGAAUUCGCCGAGACGAUCGAGCCAAAGGUCAAAGAGCUAGCCGAUCAGUUCGACGAGCUCGAGACGACGACGCGCGAGAAGGGCGAGCGGCUGUUCGACGCGAAUCGCGAGGUCCUCGUGCACCAGACCUUCGACGACAUGGACACGUGGAUGAACGAGCUCGAGAAGCAGAUCGAGAGCUCGGACACGGGCUCGGAUCUCGCCUCGGUGAACAUACUCAUGCAAAAGCACCAGAUGAUCGAGACCCAGAUGGCGGUGAAGGCGCGCCAGGUGACCGAGCUCGACAAACAAGCCGAGCACCUGCAACAGACCGUGCCCGAGGAAAAGAUGGAGGAGAUCAAGUGCAAGAAGGAAAAGGUCACGCAGCGCUUCGCGAACCUCAAGGCGCCCCUGGUCGAGCGCCAGCGCAACCUCGAGAAGAAGAAGGAGGCCUUCCAGUUCAGGCGCGACGUCGAGGACGAGAAGCUCUGGAUCAACGAGAAGAUGCCCCAGGCGACGAGCAGCGAGUACGGCACCUCGUUGUUCAACGUACACAUGCUCAAGAAGAAGAACCAAUCGCUGCGCACCGAGAUGGAGAACCACGAGCCGCGGAUCAAUUUCGUCUCGAACAACGGCCAAAAGCUCAUAGACGAGGGCCACGAGGACAGCGAGGAGUUCCGCAGACUGAUAUCCGAGCUGUCGGACAAGUGGCAGGAGCUCAAGGACGCCCUGGACGAGCGCAACGCCCACCUGUUGCAGAACGAGAAGGCCCAGCAGUACUUCUUCGACGCGACCGAGGCCGAGUCCUGGAUGAGCGAGCAGGAGUUGUACAUGAUGGUCGAGGACCGGGGCAAGGACGAGAUAUCCGCCCAGAACCUAAUGAAGAAACACGAGGGCCUGGAGCACGCGGUCGAGGAUUACGCCGAGACGAUUCGCCAGCUCGGCGAAACGGCGCGGCAAUUGAUAAGCGACAAGCACCCACUGGCCGACCAGAUUGCGGUCAAGCAGUCCCAGGUCGACAAGCUCUACGCCGGGCUGAAGGACCUGGCUGGUGAGCGCAGGGCCAAGCUAGACGAGGCCCUCCAGUUGUUCAUGCUCCACCGCGAGGUCGACGAUCUCGAGCAGUGGAUAAGCGAGCGCGAACUCGUCGCGGGCAGCCACGAGCUCGGCCAGGACUACGACCACGUGACCCUGCUGUGGGUGCGCUUCGAGGAAUUCGCCCGAGACACCGAGGCCAUAGGAACCGAGCGCGUCAACAGCGUCAUCGGGAUCGCGGACUCGUUGAUCUCGGCGAGCCACUCGGACGCCGCGACCAUUGCCGAGUGGAAGGACGGACUGAACGAGGCCUGGGGUGACUUGCACGAGCUCAUAGAGACCCGAAAGCAGAUGUUGGACGCGAGCCGGGAGCUGCACAAGUUCUUCCACGACUGUAAGGACGUGCACGGGCGCAUACUCGAGAAGCAGAACGCCAUCUCGGACGAGUUGGGCCGGGACGCGGGCUCGGUGUCGACGCUCCAGCGCAAGCACGCCAACUUCAUCCAAGACCUGACGACGCUUCAGAGCCAGGUGUCCCAGAUACAGGAGGAGUCGGCUAAGCUGCAGGCGAGCUACGCGGGUGACAAGGCGGUCGAGAUCACAAACCGCGAGGCCGAGGUCGUAGCCGCGUGGAACAACCUGCAGGGGUUGUGCGAGGCGCGCAUGAGCAAGCUCGACGACACCGGGGAUCUGUUCAGGUUCUUCAACAUGGUGAGGAACUUGAUGAUCUGGAUAGACGACGUGGUCAGGCAAAUGAACACGAGCGAGAAGCCGAGGGACGUUAGCGGGGUCGAGCUCCUCAUGAACAACCACCAGAGCCUCAAGGCCGAAAUCGACACGAGGGAGGACAAUUUGAUCAGCUGCAUCAACCUCGGCAAGGACCUACUGGCGAGAAAUCACUACGCCAGCGAGCAAAUCAAGGAAAAACUCACGGCUCUCACGGAUCACAGGAGCGCGCUGCUGCAUCGUUGGGAGGAGCGCUGGGAGAAUCUACAGCUCAUCUUGGAAGUCUAUCAGUUCGCAAGGGACGCAGCGGUUGCAGAGGCCUGGCUGGUUGCUCAGGAGCCUUACCUCAUGAGGCAAGAACUUGGACACACAAUCGACGAAGUCGAAAACUUGAUUAAGAAGCACGAAGCAUUUGAAAAAUCAGCAUGCGCACAAGAGGAGAGAUUCAGUGCCUUGCAGCGUCUGACAACGUUUGAGCUGAGAGAACUGAAGAGACGAGAACAAGAGCGGGAGGAGGAAGAGAGGCGCAAAAAGGAAGAGGCAGCCGCCGCGGAAGCUGCGAGACUGGCCAAGGCCACCCCAGUAACCAGUCCGGAUGAACCAACAGGCGAAAGAGCGGAGGCCGACGGUGUGCCAAGCAGAGAACGCGAUGACGAUCACGCGGCACAGCGUAAAUCUUCCACGCGACCAACGCAGGCUCAAGAGAAGCCCAAGGAAGAAGCGCGUAGUCCAAGCGACGACGAGUUCGAGGGUCUACUGGUGCGCAAGCACGAGUGGGAGAGCACGACGAAGAAGGCCUCCAACCGCUCCUGGGACAAGCUGUACAUGGUGGUGAGGGGCCAGAGCCUCGUCGCCUACAAGGACCAAAAGUCGUGCAAAUCGGCGCCCGAGCAGCUUUACAAGGGCGAACAGCCGCUCGACCUCAAAGGCGCGAGCAUUGUCGUCGCUAGCGAUUACCACAAGAAGAAGCACGUCUUCCGCGUCAAAACGCAGAGCGGGGCCGACUUCCUGUUUCAAGCGAAGGACGACGCCGAGAUGAACGAGUGGGUGUCGAAUCUAAACCAGGCGGCCCAGGGCGCGGGCGCGGCUGGCACGUCGCGGGCCCACACGCUGCCCGCCCCAACCCAAGCCGAGACCAAGCGGCGCAGCUUCUUCACUCUCAAGAAAAACUAAAUCAAAGCAGAGGAGUUUGGCGAGAGAAAUCGUCCGACAGCCCUGUCCCCGAAGCUCGACGCUGCGACUCGUCGUACACGAGACAACGCUAUAGAAGUACAGCAUACACAUCGACACCCACUUUACCCUUACACGCAUGAAAAAAAAAAAAAAAAAAAAAGAAAAAAAAAGACAACUACAUAUAUAUGUAAACCCAGACCCACACGAGCACGUACACAUACAUUGCAAUCACACGCGCGAACCUUUGCCGAGAAGAAGGUUUAUUUCGUCGCUCUACUUGGAUAAAGCGACGUUAAAUAUAUAUGCCGAGGACGAAGGGCGCGUUUUUAUUACAAAGAUGCAUAAUUAUGACAUUUUGGAGAGAAAGGGAGAGCGAGAGUGAAAGAGAGAAGAAUAAACAAUAACAAUGCUAAAGUAGGGAUGCAAACACUAUGCCAAUUUUCAGAUAGCUGAAAUGAUGUUUGGAAAGAAACGCAGCAACAAAAACAACUCAUUAAUAAUACAAUAAAUACUACGUCCCAAGUUAGUGCGAUUGACUUUUCUACUUAGACGAAAAACUUGAGAAAAAAAAAAAAAAAAUGAAUAAUUAAAAAAAAAGAGGGAUAUCAAGGUCCCUCUUCUUCCUCUCGAAAAAAAGUAUCAUCCCCAUCGUCGUCGUGGCUCUGCAAAAUACAUGUAAUCCGUAUUUGUAUUUCUCCCACAGGUGCAUGGUAUCAUUACACACACACACUAACCACGCGCAUCAAUAUGAUACGAUUAUUAUAUAAUACACUACGUGUGGAAAAAAAAGAAGGUUUUUCUCCUCUUUCUAUCAGCGAUGCAGAAAAUUUUACGCACCAAAAGUACUACAGAGUAGUAGGCUGGCGGAAACUGUAGGCCGUGUUCUAUUCUUUUUUUUUUCUUUUCCAUUGUCCAGAUUAUUAUGUGUAUUUUAUAAUAUUAUAAUUAAGCUGUGUUAUGUUAUAUUUAUCGAGCAUGUGACAACCAUUUUUGGAAGAGUGGAUAAAGAAAAGCACAACAGUCCAUGUAGAUCAUGUCCUUGAUAAUUUUAACAUUUUUUUCGGCAUGUCAUUGCUUUAAACGACCACGUUUGCACGUACGUUAUAUUACUCUAUGGAAAAUGUUAAAAUUUGACCAUAGACUGGUGUGUUUUUUUUUGUCUUUUUUUUUUUUUUUAAUUGAGUAUGCGACUUUUUUUUAUAAUGUAUCGGACCCUGUGUUUGACGAAUUCUUAAACAGUGAGAUCGUUGUUUGUGAACAAUGCAAGUUAAAGGAAGAUUGUUUUUCGCGCGUCUUAUUGUUUUUAGGAAAACGCUUUCUCCGAACGUUUUGCAGGAUUUUAUACACAUUUUAUAAGUCUCGUAAAAUUACGUUUAACUUCUUCGAACAAUAUAUGUGUAUCAUUAUCAAUGCCACCCUCUCCCCUUUUACUCGCGCAAAACGUUCUUGAUUAUUCAAAAGUAUUUUAUACGCAAAAACAAGCAACGAUUUUGAUUUCUUAAUUGCGGCAAGUUGACGAAUAUAAAGACGAUGCAAGAAGCAGAAAAAUAAAAAUAUUAAACAAGAACAAACGCUGUUGGUACGUUUUAUUUAAUUUUUUUUUUUUAAAUUAUUUAUUCGACUUAAAGAAAUACUUUUGUUUCCAUUGUAUACAUACUGCCCUGAUUAUAAAAAAUUUGCGAUCGUACAAUUUUUCUCUUUAUUUCGGCGAUCACUGACUGCCAUACUUUUUAUUAUGAUCUUAGCUGCGCUAACUUGGGAUUGUGUACGGAGAUAUAGCUUUUAAUGAUUGUUGUCUUGAGGGGAGGAUAGAAGAAAGAAGGAGAGAAAGUAAUAAAUAAAAACGUACGUUUAAUCUAGCCCCGAAGAAAAAAAUAUUGUAACGAUUAAUGAAGAGUUUUCCCUUAAUUAAUAUUAUGAAUGAAAAAAAUCGAGGCAAAUGCAUAUAAAUAUAUAUAUUUAAUUCUUUAAGAGCUUUUGAGCAACAGAAAACGCAAAAGCUUUAGACUCUAAGAUAAGUAACUUAUAUUGUGCGAUCCUCGCCAAAUCGAAACAUACAUACUAUAUUUGUGAAUAAUUGUUUGUUUCUUAUUGAUUUUUUAAUGAUGAAUUAUUUUACUAAAAAAUUGUUUUCGCAACCCUUGAGAACUCAAAAAAUACUCUAGCUGCAAUAUAUUAUAUCGUUUCUAUAAAUGUAAUUAAAAUAAAGAUAUUUUAAAUCUCAUUUAAAAAAAAAUCUUAAUCGAGAGGAUCUAACAUUAUUUUACCUGAGCCAAAUGUUGUUUGGAGAAGAAAAAAAAUGGAAUAAAAUUGAGAUAAAAAAAUACUUCUUGUACUAUGAGAGAUUUUUACACAAAUAGUUGUGUUAAGCUCUAUUGUACAAUAACUGUUUUGAGAGAGAGAGAGAGAAAGCAGAGGCAGCAUAUACAUGUUAUAUUAUAAGUAUUCUUUAUGAAAAAAAAAAUCUUAUUCAGCUUUAUUCGCGUGGAUCUAUAUUAUAAUGUCUAAGUGAUUUUAUUUGAAGAAAAAAAAGUUGCAUCGCUUAAAUAUAAAUUUAUCAAAUGGAUUCAUUGUGGCUAUGCUUUGUCUUCACUGUUUUUGUCUUUAUACAUAUUUUAUAAAUCUAUUAUACAACUAACGGUAACAAUGUAAAAUUUAUUAGCGAACAGGUGAAUCGAUUACUGUAAGAAUGAGCGAAUAUGAAAAAUGUUCUAGA